AGCUUCUGUGGCUGUUGUGUUACAGGCGUGUCUGCAGGGACGACCUCACCAACUCCUACCUUGGAUGCUGCACAAAAGGCCAGCUCCCAUGGCAGGGGUCCUCUGACAGGAGAGACCAAAGACAUGGCAGGCAGGAAAUUCCAGGACCCAUUAGAAAUCAUGUGGCAAAUGCUGAAGGAACAUCUGCAGAGAAGACAAGAAAUGAAAGGAGAGCCUGCGGAGAAAGAAGCAUUUCCCGGAAGAAGCAGUGGUUGCAUGCCAGCCUCAGCUCCAGGAAGGGAGGCCAUGCCAGGCACAGGCACAGGAGAUGAGGGUGCUGGGAAGGCUUCUCCAUCAGCUUGGAUGAAUAAAGUUUUGAAGCCCUUGGAGCCUCCUGCAGAUGUGUCUACAGGGAAGACUUCUCCAGCUUCUCCAGCUGCUACCUUGGAUGCUGCACUCAAGCCCAGCUCCCAUCUCAGGGGUACUCCAACAGGGAAAAUCCAAGAUACAACAGAUAAGAUAUCCCUGGAACCAUCCAAACAGAUGAGGCAAGAGCUGAAGGAACCCCUGCAGACAAGAGAAGAGAUGGACAUAGUGCUUCAGUGGAAGGUGGUAUUUCUUGAAGGAAGCACUCCAUCUUCGGUGCCAGCCCCUGCUGCAGGAAGGAAGGCGAUGGCAGACACGGGCACAGGCACAGCAGACUGGGAUGCUGGGAAGGAUUCUCCAUUAGCCUGGCGCUCUGAAGUUGUGAUGCCCUCUGAGCAUUCUGCAGAAAUGGAAAUAUUUUUUCUCUAA